CGUGGUGGGCUCUUUUCUCACUGGACCUUCCACUUUAUCCACGUUACCAACCAUGCCUGGCACUGGAAGAGCCAACGAUUCCAUCGGAGACGAAUACAUCGAGUCGUAUCUCAGCCCUUACGCGAGAUUAUCGGAUGCACAUCACUGCGGACGCGAAAACAAUACGACCAAGCAAGAAGGCAACGAACCAUCAACCAUCCGACGAUCAUGGGAGACCCAAACGGAGGAUUAUUCCAUCGUGCCUUUUCAAGAGACUUCUCUGGUUCCAUGCGGGUCUUUAAGCCUAGUACCAGCAGGCAUCGAGCACGGUCCCCCAGAAGCGGUCAAAGCAGGAGUUACUCCUGUUCCAUCCACCUCCACCUUUCGCAUGGAAGACCUGAUGUUCUCUCGCGGCCCAAACACUGAUCCAUCUUGUGUCUACGGCCAGGGUCGUUUCCAGCUAAUCAUCCUCAUCUGCUGUCAAUUGGCGGCAUUCGUUUACAUGAGUCAUUAUACUAGCAUUCUCCUGUUGGCUCCUGAUGUAGAUCACUGGUGUGCGCCUCCAUCAUCCCACUCCAAUAUGUCCGAUGACGACUGGAAAAUCAUUGGAGUCCCCGUCGACAGCAGCGCCAGAUAUCGACGAUGCGUCCAGUACGAACCUCCUCUAGACGUACAGGCACCGAACCGAUCGGAGUCGAAAUGUAGCUCCUGGAAGUAUGACUUGAACACCUACGGUCACACCAUAGUGAACGAGUGGGACCUUGUCUGCGACCGUGCCUGGUUGAUUUCCAUGAUCUCCACACUUUAUAUGGUCGGUUCUGCAACCGCUAUUCCUAUUGCAUCGCACAUGUCGGAGAUGGUUGGGAGGAAGCCCAUUAUUUGCAUGUUCAUCGUUGUCCUUCUACUGUGCGGCUUCGCCGAAUGUUUCGCGACGUCGUUCUUGCUCUUUGCCGCUCUUCACUUCAUGGUGGGAAUGGCCGCCAGUGUCGUUCAAGUGACCUCGUUGAUCCUCCUCUUCGAGAUAUGCACUACGCCUUACAAAGCGUACUACAAUUCUAUCGCAAUAAUAGGCAUGGGAGGCGCUUUCACUUUUGUCGAGUUCUUUCGCCUGUACGGCCCUUGCCGACUCACAGCGCAAGUCACCAUAAUGAUACCGACGGCUUUUCUGAUAUCUAACUUUUACCUGUUAGUGGAAUCCCCAGUGUGGCUCAUGUCCACGUGGCGUAUACGUCAAGCCGAGAAAAUUGUCCUGUGGAUUUCUCAGUUCAACGGCGUUUACGAAUACGAAGCGAAGAAGCGCUGGUCCAACAUCAAGAAAGGACUCGCACAUCACGAAGGGAAGAUGAUGUACAUCGCCAAAACGAGCCUCAUAGAUUUGAUACUGUCCCGUCAACUGAGAUUCUCGAUGAUCACGCUCUUCCUCUGCUGGACCUCAACAGUCUUCGCCAUAUAUGGCUUCGUGCUUUGUCUCGGACUUCGUCACCCCACUGCUCGAAUUACAUCUGUCCUACUUCAGUUUCCAGUAACCUAUGCUGUGUACAAGCUUCUUCCUGUACGAGGUCGGAACGCGACGCUUAGCUUCUCUUUAGCACUGUGUUCGGCCGCCUGCUGCUGUUUGAUGCUAUUCCAGAGCGGCCCGUCCUUUGCCAUCUUGUACAUCAUCGGUAGGUGCGCUGUAUCAGCAGCUUCAGUCACGUUGAUGAUGUGCAGCGUAGAAGUCGUCCCAGUUAUGGUCAGUGGCCUGGGAGCUCGUGCAGGGUUUGCUUUUGGAAGGCUCGGAGCAACGGCGGCGCCUUUCCUACGAGAACUGGCGGUUUACACGGAUAACGCAGCGCCGUACGCCGUGAUCAGCGUCCUCCUGGCUGCAUGCAGCGUGUUGGUUGUGCAUUUGCCAGAGACGAAAGCGACGAAGUCUCCAGGAAGCGACCAAGAGAUGGCUGAAGGGGCGCGGAGGAAAAUGUUGCUUGACUUGCCUCCGUCUGGGAGCACAAGCAGGCACACGCCGACUGGUUCGUAGCAUAAUUUUCAGAAGGAAUGUCACGUGACAACGAGACAUUGAUGUAUUCUGAUAGACGAGUCGCAAACGAUAAA